AUGCUUCAGAGUGUACCGUAUGCGGCUGACAUCCCAGGCAAUUUCUAUCCAGGACGUCGACUGUUUGUGUCCGGCUUGGUACCAAAAGGUGCUAAACAGUUUCUGAUUGAUUUCCAUGCUAACGCUGAAUUGGCGUGUCGAGUCAAAGCUGUCUUCCCCACAAAGAAAGUGCUUCGUACGUCUCGGCUGAACGAUCGAUGGGGACCAGAGGAACGAAUCGGUGCCGAUCAGGCAUUCCCGUUCAAGAGAAAACAAACCUUCGAUCUGCUUAUUUACUGUAGCGAAAGCAAAUUCGAGAUGCUGGUCAACGACUGCCUGUUUGCGACGUUCGAUCAUCGCACUCCAAGCAACCAAAUCAAUAAGCUGUCAAUCGAAGGGGACAUCAGUCUACUUGGCGUACACCUCAAGUGA